UGAUUCUGUCAAAAUGUCAAAAAAUAAAGUUGGGUUGGGUUCUCACGGAACGGAUUGUGUUGUAUUUAUUAAAUCGUUCCUUGGGGAUUAUCCGAUUUGAUAUUUUUAUUGAUUUAAUUACAAGUGCUAAUCAAAAUGUCAAAUAAAGCUAAAAAUGAACCUGUAGUUGCUUAUAGUGAAUUAGCAAUUAGAAAUAAUUUAUCUAUUGUAGAAUAUUGUAGAACAUCGGUGGCUGCUGUUUCGGGCUGUACUGCAGGAGUUCUCGGUUUAACGGGAGGAUAUGGUGCCUUAUUUUUUAUUUUGGCUGUGACUAGUUUUUGGUUAAUGUUGCUGUGCAAAGCAGGCAUCGAUUCUUGGAAAAAAUUCUUUACAUCAAGGAAAUCUUUAUUAGUAAAUGGCAUAUUUGGACAUUUCUUCACUUACAUUCUGUGUUGGACAUUUAUAUAUGGAAUGGUGCAUGUGUAUUAAAUAUAUUUUAAAAUAAAUUUGUAAUUAGUAAGAUUA